CAAUGGCAACGUUUUUCAAUGCCACAUCAGUUUUCUAAUUAACAGAUAAAAUAUUUGUCCCGGCUUUUUAUAUACAGUUAGUAAUUUAUUUUAAUAUUACGAAUUUGAGAAUAACACAUAAAUAAAAGCAUUGUAUAAAACUAGAUCAUUCGACAUAUAAAAAGAUAUGAAGUAAAAAAAAACAUAAAGAGAUGUUUCAAGAAAUGUUUGUACGGGUACUGGUUUUAUUUGUUCUGCUUUCUACGUGUUUUGAUGGAAAUGUUGCUUCAGAAUUAUCAGGUGCUUACACCCAAAGUUAUUCUGUUACAACGCUUAUCAAUGCAAAGUGGCAACAGACCCCAUUAUAUUUAGAAAUUGCGGAAUAUUUGUCUGACGAAAAUCCCGCUCUCUUCUGGGACUAUGUGAAUGAGGUGCAAAGCGAGCAAAAGUUGCUUAAGGAAUAUGCCUCGGAAUCAAAUCAGUAUUUAGCAGCAAUUAAUGUUGCCCGCAAUCGGUUAAGUGUACUUCAAUUGCCAUUGCUUAAAUUAGUCGUAUCUUUGCAUAGUCUAACGCCUCGAAUUCAAACACAUUUACAAAUAUCUAAUAAGAUAUACGCCAGCUCAAAUUGCGAUUCAAAUACUUUUGUACAAAUAGGAGAAGACGUUGUUUGCAGCAUCGAAGAACUUAAGAACAAACUUAAUUCAAAUAAGGAGUCGUCGGAAAACAUUACUAUAUACAGUUUCGAUCACAUUUACCCGGGUGCGGAAAACAAUUCCCGAACUGUGGUGCUGUAUGGUGAUUUUGCGUCGCAUUUAUUUGUGACAUAUCACAAAAUCCUAUCAAAGGAGGCACUUGCUGGAAAUAUACGAUACAUCGUCCGACAUCAUAUUGCAUUCAACCCUCAUAAUCGACCUGUUCGGUUGUCUGGAUACGGUGUAGAGCUUCAUCUAAAAUCAACUGAAUACAAAAGUCAGGACGAUGCGCCUAAAGCAAAUGACGACAGCGUUCAGAAUAAUACGGGCGAUGAUGUAGAGAUUCAAGGGUUUGACUUCAAAAUACUUAAGGAGCGUUUUCCAAGUUUGACCCAUUCUUUAGAUCAACUGCGCUAUAAUCUCUUAAAGGGUAAUGAAGAAAUCUCGCAACUUAAAGCAUGGGAAUUCCAAGAUCUUGGGUUGCAGGCAGCCGCUGCGAUAUCAGAGGUGCAGGGAGAUGAGGCUUUGCAAAUUCUACAAUUCAUCGCUCACAAUUUCCCUAUGCAAGCGCGCACCCUUCUUAGUCAUAAAGUAUCUGAAGCGUUACGUGCCGAAAUUAAGCAUAAUAUUGAUGUGUUUGGACGCAGUUUAAACAUUGUCCCACCAGAUGGUGCGGUAUUCGUUAAUGGCCUAUUUUUUGAUGCAGAUACUAUGGAUCUUGGUGCUUUAGUGGAAACAUUGCGCAGUGAAGUUCAUGUUCUUGAGAGUCUGCACAGAAACAAUAUACGAGGUUCAAUAGCAUCAGCACUGCUCGCUUUGGAUCUUUCUGGAGGAGCAAGUAAAGAGUUUGCAAUAGAUAUCAGAGACACAGCAGUAAUGUGGAUAAAUGAUAUUGAGACUGAUUCGCAGUACCGCCGCUGGCCGUCAAGCGUCAUGGACUUGUUGAGGCCUGCUUUCCCAGGAAUGUUGCGGAACAUACGUAAAAACAUUUUCAAUUUAGUUUUGGUGGUGGAUCCUUUGAAUCCAAGUAGCCGUAAUCUCAUUAAAUUAGCAGAGAGCUUUGUUAUCCAUCAAGCUCCUGUGAGACUGGGGCUUGUAUUUGACACCCGCAAUUCCGAAAAAGAUACUGCUAAGGACUAUAAUUCAAUCAUCUGUGCAUAUAACUUUGUAACGCAAAAUAAGGAUGGCCGCUCAGCUCUUAGUUUUUUAACAGAUGUAUUUGCGACUGUCGACACCACGGAGAAUGUACGUCACAAACAUAUACGAAGUCAGCUGAAGAAGACGUUUAGCAACUUAUCGGGUAACAAAGUUGAUGAUAUUCUAGGAGAAGAUUCUGACUAUGACUAUGGGCAGCAGUUGUCGCAGGAAUUUAUUGACCGUUUGGGUUUUGCUAAUUCUCCUCAGGCGUUGCUGAAUGGUGUGCCUAUGCAGCAAAAUUUAUUAUAUUCAGAUAGUGAAUUCGAAGAGGCAAUAUUUUCAGAAAUUAUACAACAGACUAGCACUUUUCAGAAGGCAGUAUACAAAGGAGAUCUAACCGACUCUGAUUCGGUUAUUGAUUAUUUAAUGAAUCAAGACCAUGUUAUGCCACGUUUGAACCAACGUAUUCUCAACACUGAUUCUUCAAAAUUUCUUGAUUUUACGGGAAAUGAAUAUAAAGACUUAACCAAUGUACGCGAUCUAGCCCAGCUCUCCAAUAGAGACAUGACGGCGACUCUAUUAGCUAAUAUAAAGUAUUUUAGUAGUAAGCAUGCCACGGAAAGCAUUGGUGCGGUUAAAUUGAACUUCCUAACUAUUUGGGUUGUUGCUGAUAUUGAGCAAGCUGACGGGCGCGAUUUGUUAAUAAAUGCUCUUCGUUACCUUAAAUCUGGAAGCAGUGUCCGUGUAGCAUUUCUACCGAAUACAGAAGGCUCACAUCUUUCCGAUAAGCACAAUUUAAAUCGCUUAGCUUGGGCCGCUUCACAAACUCUUCCGCCCAUAGAAGCAACAGAUGUGGUUUUGAAAUGGCUUAAGAAUCCAGAUUUGAUAAGGGAAAUUCCAGAAGCAAUCAACGACAUAUUAUCUUCAACUGAACUACAUAUAAAAAUGUUGAGGACAUAUGUGCAGCGUGUGCUUGGAGUGAAUAAGUCUGGCCGCUUAGUAGUUGGAAACGGCAAGAUAUUCGGGCCAUUGUCUCCUGGGGAACAGUUUACUAUGGAAGAUUUUGGAUUAAUUGAUCGUUUCAAUGCAUUUCAAUAUGGAGAUAAAAUCCGGAGAGUGAUACAACAGAGCAUCGGAAAUUAUGAAGAGAGUGAUGACCUUGUAAUAACCAGCGAUACUUUGCUCAAACUCUACGCUAGCCUGGUACCCAAGCAACAAAAAACUCGAUUCAAGAUACCAGACGAUAUUAAGAAAUCUAAUUCUGUCGUAAGGCUAGCACCGAAACAACCCCUUAUGCCACAUUUUGAUAUUUCUGCUGUCAUUGAUCCAGCUUCACGCAGUGCGCAAAAGCUAGCACCCAUUCUGAUUUUAUUGCGAAACAUUCUCAACUGUGAAAUGCAUAUAUACUUGACACCAGUCGGCCAACAUAGUGACAUGCCAGUAAAGAACUUUUAUCGAUAUGUGCUGGAACCGGAAGUUCAAUUUCAAUCUAACGGUAAAUUAGCAGAAGGCCCGUUUGCGAAGUUUACUGGUCUCCCUGUUAACUCGUUACUUACACAAAAUCUCCAAGUGCCGGAAAAUUGGCUAGUAGAGGCUGUUCAUUCUGUUUACGACUUAGAUAACAUAAAAUUAAGUGAAAUUGGUGGCCCUGUUCAUAGCGAGUAUGAAUUAGAGUAUUUGUUACUCGAAGGUCAUUGUUUCGAUUCAAAUUCUGGAGCUCCACCCCGUGGACUCCAAGUAACAUUGGGAACACAAAAGACAGCCGCUAUUGUUGACACAAUAGUCAUGGCAAACCUGGGUUAUUUCCAACUCAAAGCGAAUCCUGGUGUUUGGGAAUUGCGCCUGCGUGAAGGAAAAUCUGCAGACAUUUAUGAUAUUACCCACGCCGAAGGUCCGAACACCAUUCAUCAAAACCACUUAACGAAAGUGGUAAUUAGUUCUUUGCGAUCUCAUGUGAUAAAAUUGCGAGUCACAAAGAAACCUGGUAAACAGAACGCAGACUUGCUAGGAGAUGACGAAGAAGAAGCAAAUUCAGGUAUUUGGAAUUCCAUUGCUAGUUCAUUUGGUGCUGGCCCUACAGUCUCAACAAACAGCGAAAAUGGCGCCGAUGAUUCCGAAACGAUAAACAUAUUUUCUGUUGCUUCUGGACAUUUAUAUGAACGACUGAUGCGAAUUAUGAUGCUGUCCGUUUUGAAGCAUACAAAAUCUCCAGUAAAAUUUUGGUUCCUAAAAAAUUACUUAUCGCCACAAUUUACGGAUUUCUUACCCCAUAUGGCGAGGGAGUAUGGUUUUCAAUAUGAGCUCGUGCAAUAUAAGUGGCCACGCUGGCUGCAUCAGCAAACGGAGAAGCAGCGUACGAUUUGGGGCUAUAAAAUUCUCUUUCUGGACGUUCUUUUCCCUCUCAAUGUACGCAAGAUCAUUUUUGUAGAUGCAGAUGCCAUUGUGCGCACUGACAUCAAAGAACUCUACGAAAUGGAUCUGGGUGGUGCACCAUACGCAUACACACCUUUUUGUGACUCUCGAAAAGAAAUGGAAGGAUUUCGUUUUUGGAAACAGGGCUAUUGGCGUAGUCAUCUAAUGGGGCGACGAUAUCAUAUAUCCGCUUUGUAUGUUGUGGACCUUAAGCGAUUCCGUAAAAUUGCCGCUGGUGAUCGUUUACGUGGACAAUAUCAAGCUUUAAGUCAGGAUCCAAAUAGUUUAUCAAACUUAGAUCAGGACUUGCCAAACAACAUGAUUCAUCAGGUUGCCAUCAAGUCAUUACCGGAGGAGUGGCUGUGGUGUCAAACGUGGUGUAGUGAUAACUCUUUCAAAAAAGCUAAAGUGAUUGACUUGUGCAACAAUCCAAUGACAAAAGAAGCGAAACUAACAGCUGCUCAACGAAUAGUACCAGAGUGGAAAGACUACGAUCUAGAAAUUAAGAGAUUAAUGACAAAGGUAGAGGAUCAUGAAAAUAGUGAUCACUACUCCCAAGUCAAUACUACAAGCGUUCUCCCAAAAAAUUCAAGUAAUGACGAGAGCAUCCAACAUGAAGAAUUAUAAUUUUCAUUCCCGCUCCGCCUUGUGAUUGGAUUAGAUAUAAUUAUAAGCAUAUUUGUUCAAAAUAAUUUUUUAUUUACAUUUCUUUACCGCGAUUAGUGUAAACCAAACAAAUAUGAAAAUGUUUUAAAUAAAAUUUGUUAUUAAGUUUA